AAAUAUUUCGUUCCACGUGUAAACAUUUCAAGGCAGCUACAGCCUACAAACAACUUCUCUACAUUGAAUUGACAUUUAUGUUUCAAUUCUCCCACAUUCCGAUCGGCCCGCCAUAGAUCCAGAGAACUGAGGUGAGCUUUUCCAGUGUGGGAAUUCCCAAAAUGGAUUUCCCUUACGGUCAAAACCCUCACCACAGCCACCACCACCACCACAAUCGCCGCCGCGACGACGACGACGAACCAAACCGGGAAGGAGGAUUCUACCCUCCGCCACCGGGUCAGCCGUAUCCUCCGCCUCCAUACUACGGAAACGAGCCACCGCCGCCGUCAAAUCCAUACCCGCCUCCCUACUACGAGAACGAGCCACCACCUCCGCCUCCGCCUCAAGUGGCCCACGUUUACCAUACCUCCCAUACUCCUUCGUACGGAGGACCUCCCGGUUCUGAUUUUUACAAUUCACCACAAGACCCGCCGCCGCCGGCGGUUCCGGGCAACGCCUUUGUCGAGCAUGUUUCGCACCAGUCCCAUCGCCCUCACGUCCCUUCUUUCAUUUCCCACCAUUCUCAUGAGUCUCACAAUCCGGCCAUCCCUAAUAUGCCUACCGUGAGAGUGUAUUGCAAAGCUGAGAGUAAUUACUCUCUUGCUAUCCGUGAUGGGAAGGUUAUCCUCGCUCGUUCAGAUCCAUCUGACCCUUUUCAACACUGGAUCAAAGAUGAGAAGUAUAGUACUAGAGUGAAGGAUGAAGAAGGGUUUCCAAGUUUUGCACUGGUCAACAAAGCUACUGGUCAAGCCAUGAAGCACUCCAUCGGUGCCACUCAUCCAGUGCAACUAGUCCCUUACAAUCCUGAACAUCUUGAUGAGUCUGUUUUGUGGACUCUGAGUCGUGAUACUGGGGAGAACUUCAGAACAAUCAGGAUGGUUAAUAACAUUCGUCUGAAUGUUGACGCUUUCAAUGGUGAUAAGAAUCAUGGGGGAGUACACGAUGGCACCACCAUUGUUCUUUGGGAAUGGAAGAAAGGAGAGAAUCAACGAUGGAAGAUAGUUCCCUAUUGUAAGACUGACAAUGUUUUCAAUAUCUGAAGUUUUCAUUGUCCAUAUAUGAUGACUUUCAUAGAGCCAAUAUGCAUCAGCUGGUUUUGCUCUCGUAAUCUUUUCUUUUGCACUCUGCUUGGACUGUUUUCCUGCUAUAAACUAUCGUCAAACUUUGCUUGCAGAAAUGCUGUGUACCGGCGACUUAACAGCUAUUCUGGUCCCAAAUCAGCUGCAGCGUCAUUAUGUGUGCAAAUAAGAUCAUCGAGCUGCUACUGCAAUGUCUACCCCGUGCUAUUGUCCUGUUGUGUAUCUACUGUUUAUAUAGCAUAUCUAUCGUGAUCAGUGUCUGAUGUUGAUACCUAAAAUUACUGUGAUCAAUGUACUGUUUCUACGCCUUUCAAUGUUUGAUUGAACUUCUCCGACAUCACUGCAUGUUGCAGAGGAGAAACUGUAUUUGAAUAUCUCCGUCUCAGUGCUUCGUUUAUUUUCUCGUGAGGAGAAUGGAAUGUUGCUGCUACUACAUGCAUUUUGUGUUUGCC